AUGUGUCACGGGAAUGGGAUCAAGUUUGAACACUUUUCCUCUGGUUUCAUUGACGCUGUGAGAAGGAAUCAAGAUGCCAGUGAACGGACAGGUCAUGGUGGCUGCCUGCACGGGCCCUCACACCACGGCACGAAAACUCAACAUUCAUCGCACGGACUCCGAAGAAGAAGGCGCAAAACCUCCGCGAUCGCAAACCCGCUGCAGCCACGCUUUGUGACACCGAAGGGUAUGAUGGGUGUAGUGGGCUGGAUGUUACUCCUACUCUCCCAAAUGAUGGUGCCUGUGGCGUCCCAGAAGCCUCCAGGGCUCAGCGUGGGUGUGAUAAUGGGCCAGACGCGCCCUGUUUCCGAUCAGGAGCUCCGGCCACCUCGGCGCCCCGAUGAUGCCCUUGACAUCUCCGUGGUAGCACUGAGGAUCAACCAGACAGACCCAAAGUCUGUGAUUACACAGGUGUGUGAGCUUCUGUCACGCACUCGUCUCCACGGCAUUGUGUUUGCCGAUGGCACAGAUCAGGAGGCCAUUGCCCAGAUCCUUGACUUCCUCUCCGUCCAGACACAACUUCCAGUUCUGGGUGUCCACGGAGGCUCCUCUAUGAUAAUGGCUGACAAGGAUGAGAAGUCCACGUUCUUCCAGUUCGGCGCAGCUCUGCAGCAGGAGGCCCUGCUCAUGCUGGCUAUCAUGGAGGAGUACGACUGGCAUGUUUUUUCUAUCGUCACUUCGAAGUUCCCCGGGUACCAGGAAUUCAUCAGCACACUGAGGAUAACUGUGGAUCACAGCUUUGUGCGCUGGGACCUGCAGAGUGUGGUCACUCUAGAUGCUAUAGAUGGCGACCCAAACUCUAAAUCACACAUUGCCCUCAAGAGGAUUCAGAGUCCUGUUAUACUACUGUACUGCUCCAAGGACGAGGCUGUGUAUAUACUAGAGGAAGCUCGGUCCUUGGGCCUGAUAGGAGCUGGUUACAUCUGGAUCGUGUCCAGUCUUACCACUGGCAACCCAGACUUUACCCCUGAGAUGUUUCCCCUGGGUAUGAUCUCUGUGUCCUAUGACGACUGGGAGUACCCGCUGGAGACACGGGUGCGCGAUGGAGUGGGCAUCAUUUCCUUUGCAGCCACCUCCAUGCUGCGGGAGAAGGGGGAGCUGCCGGAGGCCCAGAGCAGCUGCUACAGCACACCAUCAGACAGGAGCCCAGGGAAGCUCCCACCUAGUGCCCUGCGCAGACACAUGAUGCAUGUGUGGAACGAAGGGCGCGACUUAUCCUUUACUCCAGAUGGUUACCAGGCCAACCCCAAAUUGGUUGUCAUUGUCCUGAAUAGUGAAAGGAAGUGGGAGAAGAUGGGCCGCUGGGAAAACGGGACUUUGUCGCUGAUGUUCCCUGUGUGGCCGAGGUAUAACUCCUAUGGGGAUGAGGACGCAGAUGAAAACCAUCUCUCCAUCGUCACCCUGGAGGAGAAACCUUUUGUCAUUGUCGACAACGUGGACAUCCUCACCGGCACCUGCAUGAGAAACUCUGUGCCCUGCCGCAAACAUGUCAAAAAUAACAGCACAUCAGGAGGUUCCUACAUAAAGCAGUGCUGCAAGGGUUUCUGCAUUGACAUUCUGAAGAAGAUAGCGAGGAAUGUAAAGUUUACUUACGACCUCUACCUGGUCACAAACGGAAAGCACGGCAAGAAGAUCAACAACGUCUGGAACGGCAUGGUUGGAGAGGUGGUGUAUAAGAAGGCAGUAAUGGCAGUCGGUUCAUUAACCAUCAAUGAGGAGAGGUCAGAGGUCAUUGACUUCUCCGUUCCCUUUGUGGAGACUGGCAUCAGCGUCAUGGUGUCUCGUAGCAAUGGGACCGUCUCCCCCUCUGCCUUCCUCGAGCCCUUCAGUGCAUCAGUUUGGGUGAUGAUGUUUGUGAUGCUGCUCAUUGUCACAGCCAUCGCCGUCUUCCUCUUUGAGUUUGUCAGUCCGCUGGGCUUCAACCGCAACUUGGCCCAAGGCAAAGACCCACAUGGCCCAUCAUUCACCAUCGGUAAGGCCAUUUGGCUGCUGUGGGGUCUGGUGUUCAACAACUCAGUGCCCGUGCAGAACCCAAAGGGCACCACCAGUAAGUUCAUCGUAUCAGUGUGGGCCUUCUUUGCCGUCAUCUUCCUAGCCUCCUACACUGCCAACUUGGCUGCCUUCAUGAUCCAGGAAGAGUUUGUGGACCAAGUCACUGGAUUGUCUGACAAGAAGUUCCAGAGUCCAUACUCCUACUCCCCCCCAUUUCGCUUUGGGACGGUUCCUAACGGCAGCACCGAGCGCAACAUCAGGAAGAACUAUCCAGAUAUGCAUCAGUACAUGACCAAAUACCAUCAGAACGGCGUUCAGGAUGCACUGAUCAGCCUCAAGACCGGAAAGCUGGACGCUUUCAUCUACGACGCUGCGGUGUUGAACUACAUGGCCGGCAGAGACGACGGCUGUAAGCUGGUGACCAUCGGCAGUGGUUACAUCUUUGCCACCACUGGUUAUGGUAUCGCCCUGCAGAAAGGGUCCUACUGGAAACGACUAGUUGAUCUGGCCAUACUGGGCAUCAUAGGAGAUGGUGAGAUGGAGGAGCUGGAGGCCCAGUGGCUGACUGGGAUCUGCCACAAUGAGAAGAACGAAGUGAUGUCCAGCCAGCUGGAUGUGGACAACAUGGCAGGGGUCUUCUACAUGCUGGCCACGGCCAUGGGCCUCUCGAUACUCACUUUUAUCUCUGAACACCUUUUUUACUGGAGGCUGAGGUACUGCUUCACUGGUGUCUGCUCUGGAAGGCCGGGUCUGCUCUUCACUAUCAGCAGGGGUAUAUGGAGCUGCAUCCAUGGCGUUCAUAUAGAUAUGAAGAAGAAGACUCCUGAGCUGGACUUCAGUCCUCAAGCCAACAUGCUGCACCUGCUCAAGUCUGCAAAGUCCAUUGCGAUGUCUUCUCCCAAACGCAACACUGUCCUCUUGCAGCCUAGCAUCCUAGAUAUGAUGUCAGGGAAAGGUAACUCACUCCAUAGUCUGCCUCCGAAGGGUCCUGGUCUCUAUAGCAACGCCGCUGGUCCACAGGGUUUCCUGUCAUUGUCCGGGCGACACAAAAACCUCCUUAACAAUGCUGCACCAUUUCCCGGGCAACAAAAAGCCCCUGUUCACCAGACCAGCCCCAACAAACCUCAGUUGUCAAUCACCAACGACAACGGAAAGACCCGCCUGACCGGGCCGGCCUGCUCUGCAUCAAAACCUCGAGCCCUGUGGAAGAAAAGUGUGGAGACACUGAAGACCCAGCCUUCUGUCGUAUCUCCCGGCCCUGGCUCAAGCCCUACCCCAACAUCUGGACCUGGACCUGGACCUCCACCAAUGAAGAGCCAGCGCUAUUUGCCUGAAGAGCCGCCGCACUCUGACAUCUCGGAGUGCUCCAGCCGGCCGCAGUCACACAAAGAUUCAGAUUCAAUGGCGGCGAGGGGUGGAUUUAAGCCUAUCAAUCAGCUGAGGAAGAGGGGUGGGGGAGGAGGAGGGGGAGGAGGUGGGGGCGGAGGGUCCAAGAUCUACUCCAUUGACUCAGACCAGGCCAGUCUCCAGUCAGCUCCCCCCUACCAGCGAGACAGCCAGGGGGGAGGUGACGACCACAGUUACCCCCCUGACCUGUUUCCACCUGACAGCACAUACACAUCACACACACACUCACACUCCCACCAGGCGGACGCACCCAUUUUGCAGCUUAGCGCCAGCCUGCUGCAUCACAGUCACAGCGCUGAGGCUGACCUGCACUCCCUGAAGGACAAGAAAUACAGCACCUACACACACAGCGGUGUGAAGGACAAGGCUGGAGGUUCAUUUGAUGCUCCAGGUGCAGGUCCAGGGACACAAAGCGUCAAACCCGGUCACUGUCGCUCCUGCCUGACCAAGCUGAGUGGUUACUCUGGCCUCUACACCGUUCGCUCACCACAGGCUCGCUGUGAUGCCUGUGCCCACCUGGGAAACCUGUAUGACAUCAGUGAAGACCACCUCCACUCACACUACUCCCACGCACACACUCACCCACACAGUGGGGACAUGUUUACACACUACCUUCCCCAGAGCGAGUUGGGCCUGGUGGGCGAAGGGGACGGGCUCGUCAGCCACUUCGAGCCCUCUCCUCCCUCUCCGUCUCCUCUCCCCACUUCCUCGUCGGCUCAGCACCUCCAGCUGAGUCGUCAGCACUCCUAUGAGAACAUGCUUCCGGACAACGUUCCCGAGCGGCAGUCGCAGCCGCACACCCACCUGCGGGGGCUGAGCCUCCCUGACAGAGAUAGGGAGAGGGAGUUGACCCUGGACGAGGGGGCCUAUGCUAAUGUUCUCACAAUGCGCUCUGAUCGUCCAUUCAGCAGCCGCAGCCCCCCCUCUCCGUCACCCUCGCACCACCACAGUCUGGACACCCCAAUGCCCCUCCCGCGGCGCUCAAAGAGUCUCUUCCCCGAUCGGCCCUCUCACAACCCUUUCCUCCAGUCAGCCCCUGGCACAGCACAACGAGAUCCCGCCCCCCAGGCUGUCACACGCAUGCCACAAAGAAGUUCUGCCCACGAGCUCUAUAAGCAGCGAAUGCCGCUGUCGCUUACUCUUGGUAACCAUGGCAGCCAUCACGUCAACCAGCAUGGCGGCCAUGUUGACCAACAAGUGUUCUACCCUCAGCAGGAGCCCCCUGUGGUGGCUUACAUGGUCCCACCUGCUGCCUCUCAGCCAAUGAGCUAUGUGACAGCGCCGCGAGCCUCCAGCGCAGGUGGCAACCGGCCCCGGCUCUACCGCCGCAUGCCCAGCAUCGAGUCUGAUGUCUGA